CAAAAACACACAUCCAAGUGUCGCUCGCUCAGCGACAAGCAAAACCCCUCUCCACUCUUCCCCGGAGCACGCACGACGAACUCUCUGACGAUCGUGUGGAGUUCAAUCGAGCGUGCCUCUUCCACCUCGGUCCGACUCCGAAACCGCCGAAAGCUGCGAAACGGCCAAUUCACUCAAACCCCGACCUUUCGACGACAAGUUCACAAGAAGCCAAAGAGUAACAAAACAAAAGAUGUCGGCUCUCCGUCCAGCAGCCCGCGCCGCCGUCCGCGCCACCACCACCACCACUACGAUCGCCUCUUCCCCCGCCUACGCAUCAACAGCCCUCGUCCCGGCCCGCUUCCGCUACUUCUCGACGACCCCCCGCCGCGCCGGCGGCGGCGGCAUGCAGUAUGACCCACCCUCGGGCUGGCUGUGGGGCGUGCGCCCCGGCGAGAAGUACCAAAACGAAGGGUGGGAGGGGCCCUUCUUUUACGGGUUCUGGGGCAGCAUGAUUGUCUUUGCGGUUGCGUAUGCCUGGAAGCCUGAUACUUCGAUUCAGACUUGGGCGCUGGAAGAGGCCAGGAGGAGGUUGGAGGCUGAGGGGAUUCUGGAGGAUGAGGAGCAGAAGAAGUAGAUGGGGGAUGGCGUCUUUUGUCGCUGGGCAGGUGGGAGAGCUAGGAAGGGCUCCGGGUCUGAGAUGGUGCGAUAGUGGGAUAGACGGGCGAUGGUUUCUCGAGUUCAGCCAGAGAGAUGCAACCGCAUACAUAAUCUCGCGUAGAGAUGUACAUGCUUUUGUUUUGGUUGGUUUUCUGUCUGUCGCUGUCCAGCCUUCAUGGCAUGGGCGGAACCACACGCUUGCCCGACUGCUGUCUGGAUAGGGAGCUACUGUUGAAAUGAGAUGUGUCAUGGUCUGCGGAACGGCUCACCAAAAUCACUACUCAGAUUACCGCCCUGCUAUAUACAAGUCUAUAUUCACCAUGUAAACA